AUGGCCAGGCCUGCACGGGUGCUCGCAGCACUCUUCGUGGCAGGAACCGCCUUCUGCGCGCCGCAUGCGCCUCGCGCAGCUCCGCACAGAUCCCCGCUUGCUGAGAGACGAGGAUCCCCUGAUGCCCGACCCGAGAGUUGGGGCAACAGCGCCUUCGUGGCAUCGACACUGGGACUCGUCGCUGUCGCAGCAGCUGUUGCGCGACGUGCUGGAGAUGUGCCUCCGACACUUUCAAUGGUGGACUUCUUGCAUAUGCUCCGGAGUGCCAAAGACUGGGUGAAGGUAGCCUCGAAUUCAGUAGGCUUGAACGAGAUGGUUGUGUGGCUGGAACUGCUGACGUCUCCGCCCGUUCUUCAGUGGCUGGGAGUCGGUUUAGGUGUACAGACCGCUCUGCUCCUCAACACCUGCAAAGGCCUACACGACCAAGUUAAUUGUAGAUUGCCACAGUGGGAGGCGGCCUGGAACAGGCAGGUGGCCUCCCGUAAGUUCCGGAGGAUUGAAUUCAUCGCUCGAGUUGCAGCCACGCAAGCCUGGUCACAGCGGGUGGACGAGAUCCAACAGAUCAAGGACUUGGCCAAUGACGUUCUGAGGAAGCUGCAGCGAGACACCUGCGGUACUCCCGGCCUGGUCCCGACCGCCAGCACCCAGUCAUACUUUUCCACGAUCGUGGAGGCAGCUCAGGUGGCCGCGUGCAACCCCGACGAGCAGGUACCAGAAGCCUGGCGGAUCCUCCGCACAGCUGUGGCUUUGCAGAAGUGCAGCAGGUCUGCUCGUGAUGAUCGGAUGCUGGAUGUUAUGGCUACUCGCCUUGCAUGUUUCAGGAUCUAG